AUGAAAACUGGCAUCCUUCUGGCAGUUCUAUUCGGAGUUUCCUAUGCGCAGAUAGACCUGUUUUUAUCGGGAAGGGAGAGAAGGCAAGUCGAAGAGGGAAGUGGUGAUUCUGAGACAACAACAAGCACCACUACUACUACAACAACCACAACUACAACCACCACGACAACCACCACCACGAAAACUACAACAUCAACGACAACUACAACUACUACGACGACUACGACGACAACGACAACGACAACCGCUUCUACAACAUCAACUACGACAACGAUCGCUCCGGCCCAAUCAAAAAUCCUCAUCGAGCAACUUAUUGAGUACGAAACAUUUGAGCUCUUCAGUGACGAGUUCGAAGAUCCUGACUCGCUAGAAUACCGCGAAUUUGUGAAGAAGCACGAUAGAGCCUUCGGACAAGUAAAUCAAAUAACAGCCGUCAAUAUCAGUGCAGAAUGGAUUUCUACAAACAUAACCUUAGAGGACUACACUGCAAAGGCUAAACAAACUAAUGGACGAGCAUCCCUUAUUGACACCACUGAAAUCGACCUUGUCUUAACUGGACCAAUGAUAAAGGUUUAUAUGAAAGUCACAUACAUAAAAGAAGACGCCAGAAACAUCGAUGAAUUUACUGAUAAUGACAUUACCCAAAUAGAAAUGGAAACGAAAAGUAUUUACAAGAGCAAUUUCAACGAAUAUUUUCCUGAGUCUUUGAAAGGAAAGAUAACUGGGGUUGUUCUUAACGAUCCCAAGUGCAGUAAAACGCCAGAUGAGCUUGCGCUGAAACUAGAGCAUUUUACAAAGGCGGCGCUUACUGGCAAAGAAACGCUACCCAAGCCGGGCGGAAGGAAGAUGUCAGUAAGGCUGAAAGCGUCAGAUUUGCCAGUACAGCAUGAAAGCGUGUUCAAGAAAGUUAUGAAUAGAAUCCGGCGUAUUUCCGAUAGCAGCGAUGAUCAGAAAAAACCACCACCGGGCAGUCUAUCUAGGCCUUUUGGAAUAAUCUCCAAAUUCGCGAAAGACAUGAAAGAAAAAAUCACUAUCAGCCCUUCAAAUUCUGGCUCAGCGACUCCUGUCACCAGCAGAUCCAGAUCUUCGUCAGAAACUUCAAAGAAAAAAGCCUUUCAAUAA